AUGUCUCAGUUUGAACUUUUAAAUGAUUGUAAGCGCUCGGAUAUAAGUUUGAUACGUGAUGAGAAAGCUUUCGUUAUACAUAGCAUAAGCAAAGAAUGCAAUGAAGCUAUAAGAUCUAUUUUUGCUAAGAAAGUAAUCGGAACGCGUGCGGAAACGUUGAUCAGUUGGGUUGUGCCAUACAGUGAUUUGUGGCCUACCAAUUCGACAUCUCGAUGUAGGGGUUAUUUGCACACAGCCAACAUCACAUCUGAUGGUGUGCCAAUGGUUAAGCUACGAUGCCUUAGAACUUUGGUAGAUUUAAAUCGCCGUACUUCCAAAAAUCCAUUAGCUGAAAAUGGCAAAUCACUGAGUCUCGGAGUAGCUUUAUAUGCUGUAAUUGGUUUAUGUAUAGUAGUCGGUAACUUUUCAUACUUAACUGGAUUAUUAACGUUUUAUUAUGCGAUAGCAAUCCCUGAAGAAAAAGGCGAAAAAAAUGAAAAAGGGAAAAGUACAAAAACAAAGGCUAAACAGAAAUUCGCUCAAAAUAAUGCGAAAUUAGAAGCUCAAUAG